CCCUAUUCUCCCGCUUUCCAUCACCCCGCCCCAUUCUCCCGCUUUCCAUCACCCCGCCCCAUUUUCCCGCUUUCCAUCACCCCGCCCCAUUCUCCCAUUUUCCAUCACCCCGCCCCAUUCUCCCACUUUCUAUCACCCCACCCCAUUCUCCCGCUUUCCAUCACCCCGCCCCAUUCUCCCUCCUUCCAUCACCCCGCCCCAUUCUCCCGCUUUCCAUCACCCCGUCCCAUUCUCCCGCUUUCCAUCACCCCGCACCAUUCUCCCGCUUUCCAUCACCCCGCCCCAUUCUCCCUCCUUCCAUCACCCCGCCCCAUUCUCCCGCUUUCCAUCACCCUACCCCAUUCUCCCGCUUUCCAUCACCCCGCCCCAUUCUCCCGCUUUCCAUCACCCAGCCCCAUUCUCCCUCUUUCCAUCACCCCGCCCCAUUAUCCCGCUUUCCAUCACCCCGCCCCAUUCUCCCUCCUUCCAUCACCCCGCCCCAUUCUCCCUCCUUCCCUCACCCCGCCCCAUUCUCCCUCCUUCCAUCACCCCCUCCUUCCAUCACCCCGCCCCAUUCUCCCGCUUUCCAUCUCCCCGGCCCAUUCUCCCGCUUUCCAUCAACCCGCCCCAUUCUCCCGCUUUCCAUCACCCCGCCCCAUUCUCCCGCUUUCCAUCACCCCGCCCCAUUCUCCCUCCUUCCAUCACCCCGACCCAUUCUCCCUCCUUCCAUCACCCCGCCCCAUUCUCCCACUUUCCAUCACCUCGCCCCAUUCUCCCGCUUUCCAUCAUCCCGCCCCAUUCUCCCGCUUUCCAUCACCCCGCCCCAUUCUCCCGCUUUCCAUCACCCCGCUUCUCCCGCUUUCCAUCACCCCGCCCCAUUCUCCCGCUUUCCAUCACCCCGCCCCAUUCUCCCGCUUUCCAUCACCCCGCCAAAUUCUCCUGCUUUCCAUCACCCCGCCCCAUUCUCCCGCUUUCCAUCACCCCGCCCCAUUCUCCAUCCUUCCAUCACCCCGCCCCAUUCUCCCUCCUUCCAUCACCCCGCCCCAUUCUCCCGCUUUCCAUCACCCCGCCCCAUUCUACCCCUUUCCAUCACCCCGCCCCAUUCUCCCGCUUUCCAUCACCCCGCCCCAUUCUCUUUCCAUCACCCUGCCCCAUUCUCCCGCUUUCCAUCACCCCUCCCCAUUCUCCCAUUUUCCAUCACCCCGCCCCAUUCUCCCACUUUCUAUCACCCCGCCCCAUUCUCCCGCUUUCCAUCACCCCGCCCCAUUCUCCCGCUUUCCAUCACCCCGCCCCAUUCUCCCUCCUUCCAUCACCCCGCCCCAUUCUCCUGCUUUCCAUCACCCCGUCCCAUUCUCCCGCUUUCCAUCACCCCGCCCCAUUCUCCCGCUUUCCAUCACCCCGCCCCAUUCUCCCUCCUUCCAUCACCCCGCCCCAUUCUCCCGCUUUCCAUCACCCCGCCCCAUUCUCCCGCUUUCCAUCACCCCGCCCCAUUCUCCCGCUUUCCAUCACCCCGCCCCAUUCUCCUGCUUUCCAUCACCCCACCCCAUUCUCCCGCUUUCCAUCACCCCGCCCCAUUCUCCUCCCGCUUUCCAUCACCCCGCCCCAUUCUCCCGCUUUCCAUCACCCCGCCCCAUUCUCUCGCUUUCCAUCACCCCGCCCCAUUCUCCCGCUUUCCAUCACCCCGCCCCAUUCUCCCUCCUUCCAUCACCCCGCCCCAUUCUCCUGCUUUCCAUCACCCCGCCCCAUUCCCCCGCUUUCCAUCACCCCGCACCAUUCUCCCGCUUUCCAUCACCCCGCCCCAUUCUCCCGCUUUCCAUCACCCCACCCCAUUCUCCCGCUUUUCAUCACCCCGCCCCAUUCUCCCUCCUUCCAUCACCCCGCCCCAUUCUCCCUCCUUCCAUCACCCCGCCCCAUUCUCCCUCCUUCCAUCACCCCACCCCAUUCUCCCGCUUUCCAUCACCCCGGCCCAUUCUCCCUCCUUCCAUCACCCCGCCCUAUUCUCCUGCUUUCCAUCACCCUGCCCCAUUCUCCCGCUUUCCAUCACCCCGCCCCAUUCUCCCUCCUUCCAUCACCCCACCCUAUUCUCCCGCUUUCCAUCACCCCGCCCCAUUCUCCCGCUUUCGAUCACCCCACCCCAUUCUCCCGCUUUCCAUCACCCCACCCCAUUCUACCGCUUUCCAUCACCCCGCCCCAUUCUCCCGCUUUCUAUCACCCCCCCCCCCCCAUUCUCUUUCCAUCACCCCGCCCCAUUCUUCCUCCUUCCAUCACCCCGCCCUAUUCUCCCUCCUUCCAUCACCCCGCCCCAUUCUCCCGCUUUCCAUCACCCCGCCCCAUUCUCCCGCUUUCCAUCACCCCGCCCUAUUCUCCUGUUAA